CCUCACACAAGAGUCUCAAACACGUCUUAGUACCCUGUGGCAGACCAGCUGGUUCCAGUCUAGAACCGGGUCUUUUGACUCCUCCCAGAAACCAACCAACUUGCAAGCCGGAAAUCCUGCCCCUCCCCAAAGAGUGGGAAACCACAGAGGAAGAGAGAUGGGACAGAAGGAUAGAGAGGAGGAGAGAAGACAACAGGAAACAGGCAGCCAAUAAAAAGGAGCCGCACUGAUCUGAAGCCUCAAGGGCUCCCUGAGCCAGGUCCCUGUCUGAUGGCAUUUAUGAAAAAAUACCUCCUCCCCAUUCUGGUGCUCUUCUUGGGCUACUACUAUUCUACAAAAGAAGAGUUCAGACCAGAAAUGCUCCAAGGGAAGAAAGUGAUUGUCACGGGAGCCAGCAAAGGGAUCGGGAGAGAAAUAGCAUAUCAUCUGUCAACGAUGGGAGCCCAUGUAGUAUUGACAGCGAGAUCUGAGGAAGGUCUCCAGAAGGUGGUGUCUCGCUGCCUUGAACUUGGAGCAGCCUCUGCUCACUACAUUGCUGGCACCAUGGAAGACAUGACGUUUGCAGAGCAAUUUGUUCUCAAAGCAGGAAAGCUCAUGGGUGGACUGGACAUGCUCAUUCUCAACCACAUCACUUACACCAGUAUGACUUUCUUCCACAAUGAUAUCCACUCUUUGCGAAGAAUCAUGGAGGUCAACUUCAUCAGCUACGUGGUCCUGAGCGGCGCUGCCUUGCCCAUGCUGAAGCAGAGCAAUGGCAGCAUUGUUGUCAUCUCCUCCAUGGCUGGGAAAAUGGCCCAGCCAAUGCUGGCUCCCUACUCUGCAAGCAAGUUUGCUCUGGACGGGUUCUUUUCUACCAUUAGAAAAGAACACUUAAUAACUAACGUCAACGUGUCCAUCACUCUCUGUGUUCUUGGCCUCAUAAAUACAGAAACAGCCAUGAAGACAAUCUCUGGUAUAAUCACUCUCCAAGCCGCUCCCAAGGAGGAAUGCGCCCUGGAGAUCAUCAAAGGCGCAGCUCUGCGGAAAGAUGAGGUGUACUAUGGCGUCCGGAGUUGGAGCCCUUUCCUACUUAGUAACCCAGGAAGGAGGAUCAUGGAAUUUUUUUCAGUAAAUAACUAUAACUUAGAUUUGUAAGCAACUAGAAACUUCUGAGGCCUAGUAGAGGUCUUCAAACAGUUUUUUUGUUUUUUGUUUUUUGUUUUUUUGAACUGAGGAUCAAACC